AAUGUGUAUUGAUGAUAUUUAUUUAACAAAACCUAAAACUAAAUUCACUAUUGAAUCAGGAUAGAAUGAUGAUUUUACAUAUACUUGUGCCUCUAUGUAAGGAUGGAGAAAAACAAUGGUAAUUAAAUCUAUUAAUUUUUUAUGUAGGAAGAUGCAAUUAUCAAAGUAAAACUAUCAACAGGAGAAUAUUUAUUUGGAAUAUUAGAUGGUCAUGGAGGAUUUGAAGUUUCAUCUGUUGUUUCCAAAUAUUUACCGCGCUUUUUAGAAUCAAAUAUUAAAUUUAGAAAUAAACAAUAUGAAGAGAGUUUAAUGGAAUCAUUUAUUGAUAUUGAUAAAUGGUUAAUAACUCCAGAAGGACUUAAUGCAUUAGUAGAAGAGAGAUUUUAAAUGUCUAUUGAAGAUGGUAUUAUUAUUUAAUCUUAUUGAAGUGAUAAAAAACAUUAAGAAUUAAAAGAAACAAUUCAAUAAAUAACUUUUUGAUUUAAGUGAAUUAUCUAAAUUAGCUCCUAAGAAAAUUGUAGAAUUGAUUGGUACUUCAAUUAUUGAUGAAAGUGGUACUACAGCCAAUAUAAUUUUGAUAACUAAAGAUUCAAUAUAUUGUGCAAAUAUAGGAGAUUCUAGAUCUGUUGGUAUAUAAAAGGGAAAACCUAUUAUUAUGAGUUUUGAUCAUAAACCAACUCAUGCAAAAGAGAGAUCAAGAAUUUGUAAUGCAGGUGGAUUUGUGGCUGAUGGUAGAGUUUGUGGAGCUCUAUCACUUUCAAGAGCAUUUGGAGAUUAUUAAUAUAAAGAUGAUAUGGUGAUAGCUAUUCCUGAAAUUAGAGUUUUUAAAAAUAUAUAAAUGAUUUUUAUGGCUUGUGAUGGAAUAUGGGAAGGUUUAAAUGAUAAUGGGGAGAAUCUUACUUAAAAAUUAUAUAAAAAUAACAAAGAAUAAUGUAAAUUAUUUAUUUUAAUACUGUUUAGCUGAAUAAAAAUUAAAAUCAAUUAUGAAUUAAAUUUUAGCUCCUUCAAUGACUGAAUAAACUGUUUGGGGUUUAGAUAAUAUGUCUUGCAUACUUAUAGAAUUUAAGAAUUAAUAAUAAAAAAACAAUAAAAGUACAUUAAAAAUAAAAAAAACUAUUAAAAAACAGAAAAAAUGA